CAUGGCGGACUGUAUUCUUGCUUCUUCAUUUCAGAUCAUGAAUACUCAUUUACAGCAUGUUCGCCAGCGUCUUCAAAUGGUAGAAUUGGAUCGUUCAUGGAAUUUGAGUGGUUAUGAUAUAGAUGGGUUGUUCGACCUCGACCAGAAGAUGAAUAGGAGUAGCAGGGUGCCAAAAAUAGAAACUUUCAAUCCCUUGUAAACGUUG